GGAGAAAAAGCUAAAUGACUAUAUACGAUGCCAAGGCCUGAAAGUGUGACAGGGUCACAUAAUCUGCCACAUAGAUUGAUUCCCCAUGCUUCUCAACCUGAUUUUGCAUCAACAUGGUUCUAAUUUUUCAAUAAAGAAUUUGUAUGCAAUGUACCCUUCGCAAACCAUGAAGCCUUUGAUCAUCUAUUACAUAUGUUGUGGUUUAGAAAAGGAAAAGAAGAUGCCCCCGAGAAUCAAAGUGAUAACAUGUACACUUUUAGUUCCAUUGAAUCUCAAAAAGCCUACAUUAUCAAAUUACGGCCUUCAAUCCACUGA